AUGGGUAGCAAAGCCAAUGUUGUGGUGGUCUAUGGAGAAGCUUCUACCACUGUAUUUUUUAGAUGGCUUCCAUAUCUAUCAAUGCUUGGGAGCACGAAAACAAAUGUAAAUGGUAAAGUAUGGAUAUUUACAGCCCAAUUUGAGUUCAUUUCAUUGGCCUUUCAACAAGAUUGGGAUGCAGAAAUAUUCAAUGGUGGUAUAUCCAUCAGAAUUCACUCCAAUGAUCUACCACGAUUUCAUCAAUAUGUUGAGAACAGGAACCCUUCCAAUGCAGAAGGUGAUGAUUUCAUCUGGGAUUUCUGGCAACAAGCCUUUGGCUGUGUAUUCCCACAUCACAUUCCGGGUGAUGCCAAGGGGGAUAUCUGCACUGGGAAAGAGAGAGUGGAGAAUCUUCCUGCAUCUCUCUUUGAAAUGACAGUGCAAGGUCUAAGCUACAGCAUCUACAAUGCUGUCCACACUGUUGCCCAUGCAUUGCAUGCCAUGUUCUUGCAAAGACUCAGAUACCCAGGAAUGGUGGAUGGAAGGAGAGAGAAGCUUCAGAAGCAGCAGUUUUGGCAGGCUCAGCCUCUUUCUGUCUGUACUGAGAAUUGUCACGCAGGAUCAAGGAAGAAAGUGAAGGAAGGAGAACCGUUUUGCUGCUAUGAUUGCAUCCCAUGCCCAGAGGGAAAGAUUUCAAUUUCCUCAGAUAUGAAUGACUGUGAUAAAUGCUCAGACAAAGACUAUCCAAGCAAGAACCAAGAUGCAUGUAUUCCCAAGGAUAUAAGCUUCUUGUCUUAUGAUGAACCUUUGGGCAUCAGUUUAGUCUGCUUUUCGCUUUCAUUUGCUCUGAUCACAGCUCUGGUGCUGGGUACAUUUGUCAAGCACCAUAACACUCCCAUAGUCAUUGCAAACAACAGGAACCUCACCUACACUCUCCUCAUUUCUCUCCUGCUCUGCUUCCUUUGUGCACUGCUCUUCCUGGGCCAACCAAAGAAGCUGACAUGUCUCUUCCGACAAACCGCUUUUGGCAUCAUCUUCUCAGUGGCUGUUUCUUGUGUAUUGGCAAAAACCAUCACUGUGGUUCUGGCUUUCAUGGCCACCAAACCUGGAUCCAGGAUGAGGAGAUGGGUGGGGAAGGGACUGGCCAACACCAUUGUCCUUUCCUGCUCCUUUGUUCAGGCAGGGAUUUUUAUUGUGUGGCUAGCAACCUUUCCCCCAUUUCCAGAUGUAGACAGUUACUCAGUGGCUAAAGAAAUUAUACUAGAAUGCAAUGAAGGGUCUGUGGUGAUGUUUUACGUUGUUUUGAGCUAUAUGGGCUUCCUGGCAAUUAUUAGUUUCAUUGUCGCUUUCCUUGCCAGGAAAUUACCUGACAGUUUCAAUGAAGCCAAGUUCAUCAGUUUCAGCAUGUUGGUGUUUUGCAGUGUUUGGCUAUCCUUUAUUCCAUCCUACCUGAGCACCAAGGGAAAAUACAUGGUUGCUGUGGAGAUCUUCUCUAUCUUAGCCUCUGGUGCUGGACUGCUGGGUUGCAUCUUUUCCCCAAAAUGUUAUAUUAUUGUGUUCAGGCCUCAGCUGAACAAGAGGGAGCAGCUAAUAAGUAAGUAA